UGUCAUCCGGAAUUCCACAAUUGGAAAGGUAUCCUCCUCCCACCACACACUCACAUAGUGUACACCUUCGGUAUUCGUUAAACGAAAAGGAAAUAAAGUUGUACACCUGUAUUAGUUGGAAUACGUACACAAUUUUCAAUGACGAAUUAGGCGUUUUUAUUUGAUCCUCUCGCAACAUCGUAUCCCCAUGAGCAGAAAAAUCAUUGAUACACGGGGAAUAAUCGUCAGUGGAUAGAAUAAUGUUAUAAAAUUGUGGUUUGGUGGUCCAGCAGUGCAUUCCCCUCGCAGAAGAUUAACAAAUUAACAAUUAGCGGGAGGGCGAAGUGGAGGUGUUGAACUAAAGAAUUGUUUGUCCGAUGAUAUGGCUCGCAGGUGAUGAGUGUACACCAAUUGCCCACGUCGUCCCUCCCAUUCACAAGUAAACUAAAUAUCAACGAUAUAUUGAUAUCGGCAUUUGAGUCGAGUAUACGACGUGGGAAGGGGAUAUUCCACAGCAAAACCAUAUCCACCGACGAGCUGGCUCUACUAGGGAAGCUGGAAGAGGCUAAUAGUCUCGGACCAUCACGGAGGGACAGAAGUGAACAAGAGACAAGUCUAAUUCCAUUAACAAUUCAACGAGUGAUUACCAUUGAAGAAACGUCACUAGUCUUCCUUUUGAUUAACUAUCGUGUAAAAAAUUGCGUGAUUUCGUGUAUCGCCCUCAAUGGAGACGAAAUGAGUCUGACCAAUUUUCAUUUCCGGAUUGGGCUGAUCGAGGAAGAUGUGAAAUCCUGCAAUUCCCUCCAGACCCAUAGCCGCAAGAAUUCCGAGACCUCCAGAGACACCGCAUCAUCAGGAGACGGUAAUAAUGAUUCGCCCUCGAAACACGAAACCCCAACUGACGGUGAAGUGGAUGUGUGGAAGAGAUGGGGCCAUAUCGUAGCAGACUGGGACAAUUACUGCAAGAAGCACAAGGACUUCAUCAGGGAACUCGUGAAACAAGGCAUUCCCCACCACUUCAGGGGUAUCGUAUGGCAGCUACUCUCCGGUGCUCACGAUUCUCCAGUGAAGAAGCAAUUCGCUGAUUACAUUAAAUCUACGUCAGCCUGCGAGAGGAUAAUCCGACGAGACAUAGCCCGGACAUAUCCUGAGCAUGAAUUCUUCAAGGAGAAGGAUGGAUUGGGCCAGGAGAGCCUCUUCAAUGUCAUGAAAGCGUACAGCCUUCAUGAUCGUGAAGUCGGGUACUGCCAGGGCUCGGGCUUCAUCGUCGGAUUAUUACUAAUGCAACAGAUGCCAGAGGAGGAGGCUUUUGCAGUUCUGGUUGCCCUCAUGCAGGAGUACCGUCUCCGUGAUAUGUUCAAGCCAAGUAUGGCAGAGCUUGGUGUCUGUAUGUAUCAACUGGAGCACUUGGUAGCUGACACAUACCCCGAUCUAUCCGCUCACUUCACUGCUCAGAGUUUCCACACCUCGAUGUACGCCUCCUCCUGGUUCCUCACCUUGUUCACCACUGCCUUGAGUCUCCCCCUGGCCUGUCGUAUAUUCGAUGUCUUCCUGAUGGAGGGAAUGGAGAUAAUCUUCAAGGUGGCGUUGGCAAUGCUAGAGCUUGGACGAGAGGAUUUGCUCAGCCUCGACAUGGAGGGUAUGCUCAAGUUCUUCCAGAAGGAACUCCCUGGCAGGGCUGAGAAGGAUCCCGAGGCCCUUCUCAAUCUCGCCUAUAGGCUCAAGAUAAAUCCAAAACGAAUGAAAAAACUGGAGAAGGAUUAUACUGUUCUCAAGAUGAAGGAGCAGGAGGAAAUGGUGGAGCUUCGUCGUUUACGCGCUGAGAAUCGUCUCCUUCGCCAAAGAACGGAGUUAUUGGAAGCUGAAUCAGCUGAAUUGGCUGAUCGUUUGGUGAAGGGACAGGUUUCCAGGGCUGAAGAGGAGGAGACCACGUUUGUGGUGCAGAGAGAGUUGGCAGCUCUUCGACACUCUCAUUUGGAGACCUCCCAUCAGCUUGAACAGGCUCACGAGGAGUUGAGAUCGAUGUCGAUGCUCUUAGAAGAGAACAUGUCUUCCAAACAAUCGUCCAUCGACGAGAUUAUGUCCAAACAAGAGGCCUUGAGCCAAAAAGAGGAGAUGGUUGAGUGUUUACAGCAGGAGCUCGUCAGAGUAAGGCUCCACGAGGCUGAGAAUGACGCCACAAUCAGGGAUUUGAGGGCGAGAAUUCAAGAGCUGGAGCAGGACAAGAAGACUCUGAGGGAAUCAACGCCAGAUAAUUCUGUAGCACAUCUUCAGGAGGAACUGAUUGCUGUUAAACUCAGAGAGGCCGAGGCCAAUUUGUCGUUGAAGGAUUUGAAGCAGAGGGUGAGUGAGUUGAGUACGGCAUGGCAACGACAUCUUCAGGAGCACAGAUCAGCACAAUCAGCUCCAGCGGCUGAUUCAACCCCCAAGAAGCUGUUGUUUUGGGAGAACAGAGGGCACGAAGUCCAGAAACUGGAGGAGGAUCUCAUGUCGACGAGGGUCAGGGAGAUGGUGGUACUUAGUGAAGUGAAGGAGUUGAGGCUUAAGGUGAUGGAGCUUGAGACACAGGUACAGGUGGCAACUAAUCAAUUAAGGAGACAGGACGAGGGGGAAAAAGCUCUCAGGGAGGAGCUCGAAGCUGCUCUUGUUAGGGAAAAAGAAUUGGCUAGUAAAUUGAGGGAACAAUUGCACAAGUACUCGGAUCUUGAGAGCAAAAUGAAGGAUGAUGCUAUGAUGGCCAGAAUCAGGGAUGCUGAACAUGCACAACAUGUUGCUGAACUUACGCAAAAGAUUUCUCUACUUCAGUUGAAGAAUGAAGAAAUGUAUGCAGAAGGUGAAUUGAGAAAUAAUCUUGACGACAGUGAACGAGUGCGAGAUUUGCAGGACAAAGUCGCUGAAUUAAAAGCUGAGAUCUUGAGAUUGAGAAACAGCUCAUGCCAAUGGACAGGCUCAAGUGAUAAAAAUUUCACAAUCGACACUGAGAGUGAAAUUGACGAUUUACGUAUCUGUUUACAAGACCAAAUGACGAAUUCAACAUCAUCAAGUUCAUCGAGACUCUAGCAUACCGACGAGCUUGCAUCGGCAAUUCCACCAUUGAUUUUAUCAUCGAUGCGAGCUAUAAAUACUUAUUAAAUUAAUUAAAUUAAAUUUACAGGCAUAUGUAUAUGGCACAAUACGAAGUAUUGCAUAACUGCAUUUUAGCAUUAGAUGCUCUGCUUUUAAUAACUGAAUUCUUUAUAAGAAAAUUGACUAAGUGAUAGGAAUGAUUAACGAUUGAGAAAAUGAUAGUGAUUUUAUGUGAAUUAUCAGUUUCUGUGAGACGGAUAAACGAUUUAUAGUGAUUUAGAUUGUUUUCAUACGAUGAAACCUUUAAACUGUUGGUCCAUUGUUACUUCAAAUGAUUUUAUUUAGUUUAUUUUUUUUUUAUUUUUAACAGAACGAUAACUAUGAGACAGUUGGAUUAUCCUAUUUUAAGGGGCCAAUCGUAGGUAAAUUACGAAAAUUAUCAUUGUUUCUUGACGUAGUGUUCGAAUUAUUUAUUAAUGUAACUGUAGAUGUACUGUGCACACGUGCAAUUCCUAUUGUGAAUGCAUUUGCUGGUGGGGUGAAGGCGCCAGUUUUAAGAAUGAUUUGAAUUUUUCCACGAGUUUUUCAUUUGCGGUUGACUAUGAAGUAUUUCUGAAGUGAAGUGGGAAAAUGCGAUAAAUUAAUUCCGUUCUAGCUUCGGUUUUUGACAGAUAACUCAAAAUCUAGAGGUGAUGGAUAAAAUUUUGUAAGGACUUUUUUGUAGAAUUCAUUUUUCCCUACAAAAAAGGUUCCUACGAAAAAUCCGCCAUUCCCCAUAUUUUCGAAGAUAUUCUUUCAGAAAACAAAGUAAACUCAUCUCAUUUUUUCGAAUUUCCUGAAUUAUAUUUCCUGUUUUGAGAAAUAUUUGUGUUUUAUCAAAAAUAAUUUAUGGAGAUCAGUGGCAAUUUGUGAAUUGUGAAUCAGAAUUGGUGCACAUAAAUUACAAUAAACAAUUUUAUAUAAUUUUUUCUAAUGUUUUCAAUAAGAGAAUGUGUACAUCAACACCAAAUAAACGAAGACAUUAACUAUCUGCAACAUUAGAAACCACUGAA